AUUUUUAGGUCGGGAAAGCAAUUUACAUUAUGGGCUUUUUAUUUUCCAAAUAUGUUCCACAGAUAGUAGUAAUAUCAAAGAGUUGGUGCAUAUAUUGUAAACGAACACGUAAAGCGCUUGCUGCAUAUCCUCUCAAAGGAGAUGCAAUGGAAUGGAUCGACAUCAACAAAAGAUCUGAUGGAAAAGAAAUUUUGGACUAUAUGGAAAAGAUAACUGGAUCAAGAAGAGUGCCACGAAUUUUCAUCGGCGGUGAAUUUUUUGGAGGUUGCGAUGAAAUGAAUGCAGCAAAAAAGGACGGUGUUUUAGAGCAUAAGCUUAGUGCGAUUGGAGCUGUAUGAAAAAAUUGAAAGCAAAGUUAUCUGAAGGAUUACAUAACGAUACGAUGCAAAGUGUACAACCGGAACCUCAAAUCACCAUGAAUUGUAUCUUAGUGGAUUUAAUUUCAUAUUACCUUCUGAUAUAUUUUUUACAGAAUAAUCACGCGAUGCCUUUGCUGUGAGUGAUAAAAAUUUCAAGUUUUAACUGAGUAACACCUCCAC